AUGUUUGGAGUGUCAGAUUUGUUUGUUUGGUGGAAAAAUCCUAAUGGUUUUUCGGCUAAGGCAAUUUAUGAGAUGACUAUGGAAGGUGAUUCUCGGAGUCAAGGUUUGAAUGAAAACGUUUCUAAGGAGUUAUCUUCUUUAUGGAAAACUAAGAUUUCGAGUAAGGUGUCUAUUUUCGGUUGGAGGUUAAUUUUGAAUAAGAUUCCCACUGGGAACAAUUUGGCUUCUCGGGGUAUUUUACUCGGCCCCGAUAAUUUGGUUUGUCCCUUGUGCUUAUUGGCGGAGGAAGAUACAAAUAAUCUUUUUGGGAGUUGUUCGGUUAUUGUACGAUGGUGGAAUAGCUUCUUGGAUUGGCUUCGUAUUGACGUUUUUGCAAUUUCGGGUAAUUUCUUUGACCGUCUUAUUGCUCUUAAGGUUUUUUGUAGGUCUCUUUUUGUAGUGAACACUAGAUGGCUUUUCGGUUUGGCUUUUUGCUGGAGUAUUUGGUGUUGUAGGAAUGAAAUCCUCUUCAAUGGGGGGGUGUUGGUCAAUUUCGAUAUUAUGGGGAUGAUUAAAUUGUUAACUUGGGAGUGGAUUAUCAAUUUCUUUAAGGUGGGUGACAAUCUUGUUUGGUCGGAUUGGUGUGUUAAUCCCACCUUUUGUAUUGGGGUGGGCUAG